UGUUGCCUUUCAUUCGACAGAUCUAAAUCUGACCUUCAGCGUUAGAACACAUCUCCUUCGUCUUUUCUCUGCUCACCGUCCAUGGCUUCCUCCGAUUUCGAUGGAAUCCUUCUCGGCAUGGGAAACCCUCUCCUCGACAUCUCUGCCGUCGUCGACGAAGAUUUCCUCAAGAAAUACGACAUCAAGUUGAACAAUGCGAUUCUUGCGGAGGACAAACAUCUGCCUAUGUACGAGGAAAUGAGCCGCAUGGACAAUGUCGAAUACAUUGCCGGAGGUGCUACCCAGAACUCGAUCAAAGUGGCCCAAUGGAUGCUUCAAAUCCCCGGGGCAACUAGUUAUAUGGGAUCUAUUGGAAAGGACAAAUAUGGAGAGGAAAUGAAGAAGAAUGCCACUGAAGCUGGUGUUAACGUCCACUAUUAUGAAGAUGAAGCUGCUCCUACCGGAACAUGUGGUGUCUGUGUUGUCGGUGGAGAGAGGUCGCUCAUUGCGAAUCUAUCUGCAGCAAACUGCUACAAGGUCGAGCAUUUGAAGAAGCCUGAAAACUGGGCGCUGGUUGAGAAGGCCAAGUUCUACUACAUUGCUGGAUUCUUCCUCACCGUUUCGCCUGAAUCCAUUCAGUUGGUGUCUGAACAUGCUGCAAAAAACAACAAGGUGUUCACAAUGAACCUUUCUGCUCCAUUCAUCUGCGAAUUCUUCAAAGACGUGCAGGAGAAAUUCUUGCCGUACAUGGACUUUGUAUUCGGCAACGAGACUGAAGCAAGAACCUUCUCAAGGGUUCACGGUUGGGAGACGGACGACGUAGAGGAAAUAGCCCUUAAGAUAUCACAGUGGCACAAGGCCACGGGAACGUACAAGAGGAUCACUGUCAUUACACAGGGAGCAGACCCAGUUGUUGUGGCUGAGGAUGGAAAGGUGAAGAAAUACCCUGUGAUCCCUCUCCCGAAAGAGAAGCUGGUCGACACCAAUGGUGCAGGUGAUGCAUUUGUAGGGGGAUUCUUGUCGCAGUUGGUGUUUGGGAAGACAAUCGAGGAAUGCGUUAAGGCGGGAUGCUAUGCCUCGAACGUCGUAAUCCAGAGGCCUGGCUGCACUUACCCCGAGAAGCCCGACUUCAACUAGAAAUCGUCGGGUUUUUUCACUUAUCCUCCAUUGAAGUUUUGGUGAGCCAUUGUGGGUGUUGCUUGUGCUUCCACUUGAGUUUCUUCCUUGUGUUUUCCCUCUCUGAACUGCAUCAUCCAGUCAUCAGUUUAUGAUUAUUAUUGGGUUGAGAAAGUGAUGUGUAAUGGUGAAACAGAAGAGAUUGAGCCAUGUAAUAAAGGCGUUGACUUGGUAUUAUCAAUAUGAACUGCUGUGUUCUCUACUA